CUACCGGAUCCAAUCUCUACCAGGAAACUCCCGGAGUCAGGCAGCAGGAUGUUUGGAGAGGAGCUCAGACCCUGUGGUGCAUUCACUUACCUUAUGGUGCUCUCUGUGAUCCACUCAUGCAGAGGUCAGUCUGAUGUGAUUGGUCCGUCUCAACCAAUCGUGGCUCUCGUUGGUGCUGACGUCGUGUUGCCGUGUCACCUUCAGCCCGCCAUGGACGCCUCCAGCAUGACUGUGGAGUGGUCCAGGCCUGACCUGGAACCCAGGUUUGUCCUGGUGUGGCGUGAUGGUCUGGAUCUGCAGUCUAAAAAACACCCGUCCUUCCGCAGCAGAACGUCUCUGUUCACCCACGAACUGAAGCAGGGAAACAUCUCACUCAAGCUGUCCUCAGUGACACCUUCAGACCAGGGGACAUACAGGUGCUUCGCUCCUGAGCUGAAACAAGACGCCACCACUGAGCUUGUUGUAGGUGCUGCCUCCUCACCUGUCAUCGAGAUAAUCAGCAAAAGUGACGGAGGAGGAGGAGGAGGAGGAGGAGGAGGAGUGGUGUUACAGUGUGAAUCCAGAGGCUGGUAUCCAGAGCCUGAGGUGUUGUGGCUGGACGCUGAGGGAAACCUGCUCUCUGCUGGACCUCCAGAGACAGUCAGAGGUCCUGAUGACCUCUAUACUGUCAGCAGCAGAGUGACUGUGGACAAGAGACACAACAACAGCUUCACCUGU